GUGGUGAUCAGUAUCGACGCAGCUAGAGAUCACAAAUUUCUAUUAUUGAGGUAAAGGCAAAAACCUUAUCCUUCGAUAGGACGAUUAGGACGAAUUCCGUGAAUAUUGGUUUUCCGUUUAUGGGAAUAUUUCUUGCGGUAAACGUUUCCGUGAAUAGUUUGAAGCUGCCCUUUGAUAUUGCAAUAUUUUCGGUCUAAUUUUUUGUCUCCCAGCAAAUGGCACCAUGCCGAAGCUCCAAGGCGUACUAAAAAAGGCUGCGAAGAAAAACGCGCAGGAAAAAAGCUCGAGCAAUUCGCAGGAAAAAAGCGUGAAAAAGCGGGAGCAGCGGGGGGCCUCGACAGGGAAAAGCAACUCCAACAAGCGAAUUAAGCCUGCUACAAAGAUCGCGAUCGCGAGGAAGGAAAUCGCGCAGCCGAAAGCCAAAGUGGCGAAGAAUCCUCGCCUGCCAGCUAACAAGGCAACGAAAGCAGCUGCAACGGCAUCGCUCAAGAAGAAAGCCAGUAAAAGGACCACGACGAGCGGAUCAUCACCGUCUCUGAAGACAAAAAAAUCAAAGAUGGCGAGCAGCAAAGAUGAAGCGCGACCUGCCUCUUCAAGCACGGCCGCCGGUGACCGGCGAGCGCAAGCAGACCCGCCUUCUUCGUCUAGCGCCAAUGCAGGAACGAAGCAGCCCCUGCUUGGUGCAAAAAUGAUUCCAGAAACCGCAAGCGCGAAAAGAAUUUUGCUUCUCACUGGGUCUCCCGGGGUCGGGAAAUCCACGAUGCUCCAAAACGUGGGUGCUGCACUCUCCACAAAGGGCUUCCAAGUUUUCGGCUUCUACUCUGCGGAAAUGCGAGACGGUUCCGGCGGUCGGAAUGGUUUCGAAAUGAUCUCCUUGACCAACCGUCGGAAGAAAUGCUGCCUAGCAGACGUCGGCAGCGGGACCGCGACCGCUCCAUUUGAAACUGGAAACUCUGCCGCGGCAGCUGCCAGUGCUUCUACUACUUCGGACCGAAAAAUGUUUCCGAGAGUUGGGAAAUACCGAGUCCAUUUGCAAGAGUUCGAGGAUUUCGCGAUGGAAUGCUUUGAGGAAUUUUGGAACACUAAGGUCGUCAGAAGUGGUAAAAACAAGGGAACAAAAUCUAUUUCCAGUGGUGAGAAGGCGAUUUUUCUUCUGGACGAAAUUGGCAAGAUGGAAUCCUUCUCAGACAAGUUUAACGAGCAAGUGCAGAAGCUCCUCUCUGCUGACAACGUGCUGCUCCUCGCGACCGUGAGCCAGAAGGGAACUGGGAUUAUGGAACAAACGAGAAGCUGUCCGGGUGCGCACCUGCACGUCUUGUCCAGAGAGAAGAGGGAACUCACAGCGCCGGUUUGCCAAAGCGCAAUCGUCGAGCACUUUGUGAAUCUCGUAGGUGGUGGGGGUGGCGAUAAUUAUAGUAGUUUUGCCGCCCUCGGAAUGGACGUUGACGAGGAGCAAGCUAAAAAAGAACCUGCUGCUGCAGCAGGCCGCACGAAACGCUGGGGGAAAAAGGCAACAUAGCGCAAGAAAGCAUGAACCCCGAUCAGAUUUGAAUACUCGCUCUCUCAAAAUAAACAAGUUCAUCACGACGAGUUACAGCUCCGAGCAGAGGCAAAUAUUAGAGAAGAUCAGCAUA